CUGAAUAUGUCUGUAACAGGUGUGUGCGGCGGCGUUCUACCGUGGUAUUAUUUCACAGUUGUGUGCAAAAAUGGGCACUGGGAGCGCGUCCUUUAUUAUCCUUGGUCUGGGAUUUCUUCUCUGCAUCCGUAAUGUGGAGGCUCAGUAUUAUAUGUACCAUCCAAAUAUGGGCAAGAUGUGCAAUCAGAGCAUGCAGUUCGACUGUCCCUUCACGUACGCCGGACGAGCCGGAACAUUCCGCUAUUACCGCAUACCGGACUUGUCCCCGGGACUGUGCUUCUUUAGCGUGACACUGCCAGCCGACUGCGGGAUACCGAGCGACCGUUUCGCCUUCUAUUUCAACAUUCGAAAAUUUCUUCUACCGUCCACCGACCGUGUCCGAAUCUAUCAAACUUACUCAUUGGAGCCGCGCAUCCUGCUCAAAGAAAUGACCGGUUCCCACUCCGCGCGCUCCGAUCCUUCGUCGGCUGCGCAAGCUCUGACAUCCUACGUCAAGCAACCAUCCUUUACUAUCGAAUAUUUCCGCGACACGUCACCAGCUACGGAAUCGCACCAGGCUGACAUCGAUUUUGUUACCGUUGAAAAUAAUCCGGAUAAAUUGCGUAUGUAUUGCACGGCUUUGUCGGGGUAUGUGGACGUUUAUUACAUCUGUCAUACGGACGGAAUUGAAGAUCGCGUCAACUGCCCGGACAGUUUUACUGCCGACGUGUAUGCAGAGAAUCCAGCCUACCUGAGGUCAUCAUGCCCUUUCAAGUCCCCGCCGACUUUCCUGGACCGUCGACCACUAUUUGACUAUUGGAACAGCCAAGACGCACCAGGCAGUUAUUUGAGCUCCGAUGCCUUUAGGGGAAUUGGCUUUGGAUGUGUUUUAUUUGUGGUCAUGCUCCUUACGGCGGUUGAAGUGGUCCGCUCUGCCAGGCGACGUAGAUCACCGAGCCGACCUAUCGUUCUGCCUUUAACCAGCGGCACCGUGCCGCGCGAGCCACUACUAACAGUUGCGCCGCAUGAUGCUGCUAGUCGACCUGCCGUGCUCGAUGAUCCAGUAAUUCCUUUUGAUCCCCCUCCGCUUUUUCCGGGAGCACCGCCUUCGUAUUCCCAAGUCACUGCACCACCAGCGCUGGUCGGCAUUUCUAUGUCGAAUCCACCGUCCUACAAAUCAUGCAUCUAGCGUUAAAAUUCGCGAAAAGCGUGUGUAUCUUGAUCAUGUGCACGUCAGAGGCAAUUACCCACAUUUUCUCCAAAAGCAUUCAAGACUGCUCUUUUUCGCGUUUCCGCUUAUCGAAUGACUGUAAAAUGCUGCACAGAUCUUCGUCAGCGGUGAUCAAGUAGUGUUAAAGUCACGUUGUCUGGUUUCGUUGUUUGGUUUCGUCAUUUUCCUAACUUUCCCGCUUGAGCGGUUUCGUUAGCUAUUGCCGGUGGCGAGUACGGUGCAACCAAGAACAAUAAGUGUAAUAUUAUAGUCGUUGCAGUAUUUGCCCGCAAGUCAGCUUGCUUAUAUUCUAA